GUUUUAAAUCGCCGGCCGCUCCAACCGGCGUGCCACGUUGCUGCGGCGUUGGGCUUCUGUUGUCAUCCAGCGAUGCCGGGCUGGGCCGGGAGGGGCGGUGGCCGCCGCCAGCGUCUUCGGCAAAGUCCGGAAGCGGUCGGGCGCGUUCGGCAGAGGGCUUUCUAAAGGCGCGCGAGCCGAGCCCCGCGCGUCGGAGGAGGAGGAGGGGGGCAACCGCUGGCCGCCGCCGCCGCCCAGGUUACCUCAGGAGGGGCUCCUCAAGGACGCCAUGCUGACCGACAGCCUGGUGGAGGAGUUCGAGAUCCGCGACGAUGAGCCUUGGUACGACCAGCAGGACCUGCAGCAAGAUCUCCAUCUUGCUGCCGAACUUGGGAAGACACUUCUGGAUCGGAACACAGAGUUGGAGUCAUCUCUGCAGCAGAUGUACACAACCAACCAAGAGCAGAUACAGGAGAUUGAGUACCUUACAAAACAGGUGGAAUUGUUGCGUCAGAUGAACGACCAGCAUGCCAAAGUCUACGAACAGCUCGAUAUCACUGCCAGAGAUCUAGAAGAUGCUAAUCAAAAACUAGUGGCAGACAGUCGAUCUUCGCAGCAAAAGAUCUUAAGCCUUACCGAGACAAUUGAAAAUCUUCAAACACACAUCGACGACCUCCAGAGACAAGUAGAGGAGCUGAAAACCUCCACCCAGGGCUGCGUGAACCGCGAAAGACCCGAGCAGCCGAGAUCAGUCCACAGUUUCUCGUGCCUGAAAGAACUGUAUGACCUUCGCAAGUAUUUUGUUUAUGAUCAUAUUUUUGCAGAAAAAAUUACCUCUCUGGAUUCCCAGCUGAGUCCUGUGGAGGAAGAGAAUCAGAGUUUAAAGAAGGCCAUGACUCUCUUGCGAGCCCAGCUCGAGGUGGAAAAAGAGAAGAGGGUGACAAUGGAGGAGGAGUACGGCCUGGUGCUGAAAGAGAACUGCGACCUCGAGCAGAGACUGGCAGACGUCGAUCUCUACCGCAACAGAGCCGAAGAGCUGGAGGCCGAAGUGGCUGAAAUGCGACAGAUAUUCCAGUGUGAAAACCCGUUUGUCAGUGGCGUGGAAAAGCUCGUGCCGGAGCCUUUCUUCAUUUCCUUGAAAGACUCUCUAGAAAAAGAACUGAACCGGAGCCCUUCGGAUGGGAUGUUUCUGACUGUUCCAGAGGUCGACAAGAGGGCUCUGAGGAGAAGCAGCAGCGAGACCGUCUUGGGGAGCGCUGUGGGCGGAGAUCUCCUCAAGGGCCACGAAGAAACGUGCAUCCGGAGGGCCGAAGCCGUCAAGCAGAGGGGCAUCUCUCUGCUGAACGAGGUUGAUGCCCAGUACAACGCUCUGAAGGUCAAAUACGAGGAACUCCUGAAGAAGUGUCAGACGGAGGAGGAGUCCGUGAGGCACCAGGCAGUGCAGACCUCAAAGCAGUAUUCCAAAGAGGCACACGUGGGCAACGGGGCCUCGGACAUUCACGCAAGAGAGCCGGAAGGCACAAACCCUGACCUGGUCAGCCUGCCCACCAAUGCGCCCCCAGAGUACCAACUUCUCUUCAAGGAAAUCUUCACUUGCAUUAAGAAAACCAAGCGAGAGAUCGACGAGCACCGAACCAAGUAUCGCUCUCUCUCGUCUCAGUUGUGAUAGCCUCUCGGGUGUUUCCCUUGUAGCACAAAUCUGUAUUACCUAGAAAGAGCGCUGAUGCAGAUCUAUGGCAUCAGUGACGUGACGCAUGAAUGUCUGUGUUCCAGAGUGCAUGUAGACUGUUUUUGUUCACGUAGGAUGGGUGGGGUCUACUUAGACAUGUGCAUUUUGCUAAGGAAGCAGGGGCUUCUUGCAGGUGAAGGAAAACUGACUUGCUCGGAGGGAGUCGCUAAGGAGGGUAGAUUGGCAAAUAAACAUAUUUGGGUAGCUUCUCGAAUGCAGGGAAUGGGCUCUUGUCCGAAAACGUGAGGACCAAAGAGGAAGCUCUGUUCUGUGUGAAGCCGCUAUGCCUGGAGUAGGUUACUCUUUCAGGUCAUCCCUAUGGCCAGAAGUUAAAAAAAAAGAAAGUAAAAACUGCUGUAGCCGCUGAAUGCUAUAAUUGUAAAACUAAAUUAUGAAACCUCUGAAAGGACACCAUGUUUGAUGUUGUGAUUGUAAAGAGGAUGUUUCUGAAACAGUUGUCCCUUAUAACCUGCUAGUAAGUCCAAAUGGAUCCACAACUGACUAGCUUCCAAUGGAUCGACGUAUUAUUCCCGAAAAGCCAGUCUGACCUAUAAGGGAAACGUUUUUUUAGAAAUUGCUGGAAAAGACAGGCUCCGUCUUGCAAGUGCCGAAGGGUCCAUUUUAGGAAGAGAGAAGUGACUAUUAAUUUGUUCCCGUAAGCAAGCAAAUGUUGUUCUGAGUCGGCUCUGGAUGUCAGAAGUUUUUGAAAGAGGACGAAGCAAAAAAAAAUAAUUGCGUGAAAUGUGGCAUCUGCUCAUUCUCUGUAUGCCCGAAAUACGUCCAGCUGCGAGUUUCUAUGCUUGAAUCCGUUUUUGUGCACGACGCUUAAGUUGCUGCACAGUGAACUCAAAUAGUUACUUCUCUUGACACUUUAGCACAACCGAGGGAGCACGACAGCAGUCACAACCCCGACACGACAGCAGUCACAUAAGCUAGUAACCGUCCGUUACAAAAAGUUCCCCUGAAUGUAGCAAGUGUCCCGUCUAUAAAAGGACCUGUGGGGUAAAUGGCUUGGAUGGGUGUAUAAUGUUUAGGAUACUCUGUCGGAGGGAGGGGGGGAGACCAAACACUGUAGACGGUUCUCCUGCUUGUAGCCGCGUGUGUUAGCCGAGUGCCCAGCCUGUAACUUCUGUUGUCACAGAAAGGUUGUACUGAAUGCAGGAAGGUACCAUGAUAGUAGGAAGGAGCCAAAUCUCUGUUGGUUCCUUGGCUGUGGAGGUCUGUUGUUGGGGAUACAGAUAGAGAACGUAAAGCAAGAUUGCCCAUCUUGAGUAGUUUAAGUUUAAAUGCCUGGGCACAGGGCAAGAUGAGGGGUAGUGAUAGGUUCUUGAAGUGGGGUGGGGGGUGGGACACGAGAGAUUACGGGCAAAUCUAAGAAACAGGAAGGAACAGCAAUGCUAGAAAACUGAGGUGGGCUGCGAGCUGAAAGGAGUGAUACUUGUCAACAGGGGUGUGAGAAAUAAAACUUGAACUGCCUAAAAGGUAUCGCAGCUUUAAUUUAGUUGCAGCCGCCGCACACUUCUCUGCCUUAUGUACAGUAUACCCAUUCCGACAAGUUUUCAGCACACGGAAACACGUUUCGCAAGAAAAACGCAUGUUUAAACUUAUUUAAAGGGCUGUAAGCUAUUGUGAACAUUUUGCGUAAAGUUAAUAAACGUCUUCGGCAACUACAA